UUGAACAGUUCAGAGUGUCAAUUGUUGGAAUGGGAAAAAGGUGUACCAAAUACUGUACAGUGUAAAGGUUCUGAUAGUUGGAAAUGGAUAGUUGGUAAUUUAGUAAUAGAUACGACGGAUAAACUUCGUAAGAAAAUAUAUGGAUAUGUUCCAAACGGAAAAGGACUUUCCAUUUUCUAUCCUCAAGAGAAUCUCACAAUUUCAUGUCUUGCACAAGGCAUUCUAAACUGUUAUCUUAUACGUGAGAACAUUUUACUAAUUAAAAUAGUUGAUAAAAGUUUGAAAGGAUGUCAGCCUCAAACUUGCAAGAACGGCGGUUCGUGUAAAAUAGCUGACCCUGGUACACUUCAGGAACGUAUAGUUUGUUCCUGUAAAUAUCUUUCGAGAGGCUACAGAUGUGAAGAAAGUAAGCUUAGUUUAGAAUUACCUUAA